AUGGCAAUGAACUUCGUCACUUUCAACCAAGACUAUAGCUGUCUGGCUGUGGGUACGUCUAGGGGGUUUCGCAUCUACCAUACGGAUCCAUUCUCAAAGAUAUUCAGCAGCGAUGACGGAAAUGUGGCCAUCAUUGAAAUGCUAUUCUCCACCUCGCUGGUCGCCCUCAUACUGUCCCCACGGCAUUUGGUGAUUCAGAAUACAAAACGAUCUUCCAUAAUAUGCGAACUCACAUUCCCAUCGGCGGUCCUCGCCGUGAGACUGAAUCGGAAACGACUUGCGGUGGUCUUGGAGGAAGAAAUUUAUCUUUACGACAUCUCGAAUAUGACCCUACUAUACACGAUUGCGACCUCUCCGAACCCUAAUGCUAUAUGCGCACUUGCUCCUUCGUCAGAAAACUGUUACAUUGCAUACCCUCUACCAAAACCACGGGAGGACUCGGGGGAGAAAAGGCCGUCACAUGCCCCGCCGCUCUCAACAUACGUCGCGCCGACAUCUGGAGAGGUUUUGAUAUUCGAUGCUUUGAAACUAGAAGCCUUGAAUGUUGUGGAAGCCCAUCGCGCCCCAUUAUCCUGCAUAGCUCUCAACAAUGAUGGGACAUUACUCGCAACUGCGUCCGAGACAGGGACAAUCAUCAGAGUCUUUGCUCUGCCGAAAGGCACCAAAUUAUACCAAUUUAGGAGAGGUACCUACCCUUCAACCAUUUACAGCAUGUCCUUCAACCUAAGCUCAACUCUGUUGUGCGUUUCCUCUACUACCGAUACUGUGCAUAUUUUCCGCCUAGGAGGUGUUCCUACUGGGCGGCCCGGGUCAUCGAGGGCUGUGGAUGAACGGUGGGAUCGUUCACGCAGCUUUGACAGUGGUGCUGAGUCUCCCAUUGCGGCUGGUUCCCCGGCCAGCGAGACUACAGAUGCUCCUGGUAGCUCACGGAAAUCUAGGGGCAGCUUUGGAAGCAUGAUUCGGAGAUCAUCUCAGUUGAUGGGGAAAAGCAUGGCUGGAGUGGUGGGUGGAUAUUUGCCCCAAGCGGUCACGGAAAUGUGGGAACCCAUGCGGGACUUUGCCUUCAUCAAGAUCCCCAAAGGCGGGAUGGGAGUGAAUUCGACUGGUGGACCUCUCCGAAGCGUGGUGGCUAUGAGUAGUAGUAGCCCACAGGUCAUGUUGGUUACAAGCGAUGGCGGCUUCUAUGUCUUCAAUAUAGACAUGGAGAAUGGGGGUGAGGGUGUAUUGGUGAAACAAUAUUCUGUUCUAGAGGGUGACGACAAGCUUGAUCAGUCUACAAUAGACUACAGCAAUUAA